CUUCAAGAUAUCUAAUAUGAAAUAAUUAAAUCAAAUCAUUUUGAUCAAACUUCUCCUCAAAUUAUUAUUGUAUUAUUGUUCUUAAAAUGACCAUAAGUUAUUUUGAAGAAUCCGGUUUUAUAAUUUCUAGAAAUGAAUAACGAUUCCAAAUAAAUUAUUUCUUCAGAACCAUGACUAAUCUUCACACUACAACAGCGUUGACAGAGUUUGCUCCCCUAAGUCCUGAACAUGAACAAUCAUCUGUCGGUUCAUUCUUUGCUAAAGUAUUCAACUUUAAAACAAGUUCACCAGAUGAUGAAAGUAAUACCGAAGUCAAGGCGGGUCAAGAAUCGGUUGUAAACAAUGUAAAUAUAUCUUAAUAGAUUAAAUGGUUGUUUUAAUUAUCACAUUAACAAUAAUAAUAUCUAUAAUAAUAAAACUUCAAUUUUAUUCAAUUAGUUAGCUAACUGCAUACAUUAUUACAUACAUUUACAACUCACAGGGUAUACUAUUAUAUUUUUAUAUUUCACAUAAAGUAUAUUUAAUUUACAUUAUUAGGAUCAAACAGAAGAUGAUACUUCACAAGCUCUUAUGGCUAUAGAUGCAAGAAAUUUACCAAAUAUUUUGAAAAGAGUUGGUAGUUUAUUACCAAUUCGAUCGGGAGUAAGUUAGAUUAAUUAAAAUCUAGAGUUAAAAUUAGAUCAAAAUAAAUGUAUGAUUCUUUUGAAGGAUUAUCCAUCCAACAGAAAUACUGAUUUAAAACAGUAUUGGAUGCCUGAUUCUGUUAGCAAAGAAUGCUAUGAUUGUUGUGAGAAAUUUACAACCUUUCGACGACGUCAUCAUUGUAGAGUAUGUGGUCAAAUAUUUUGUUCAAAAUGUUGCUAUCAAGAAAUACCGGGGAAAAUAAUGGGUUGUUCUGGUAAGAAUUAUUGUUUUAUUUGUAUACAAUUUUACUCCUCUUUAUUACUGUGUCUGAAAUAGGUAGAAAAUAAUAUUAGGCAGUAAAAAUUACUUUGACCUAUAUUUACAUAAAUACAAGUACAAAACAAACUAAAUACUAUUUGAAAAAUAUUUUAUUUUACUUUGAAAACUACUCCAGAUUAUAAGACGUUUUCUAUUUUUUUUUUCGCGUCAUUCACAUCAUCUAUUCAUAAUUUUUUAACAUCUAAAUUUCAGAUACAUUAUGUAAAAAAUUCUACUUUAAUAUAAGUAAAUAAACUAGCUUUACUAAAUCUAAAUGGUAAAUUUAGAUAUUUAUUUGAUUCCAGAAAAGUAAGAACACAUUUAUACCUUACUUGAAUUAAAUUUGUCUAAGAUUAACUAAAACCAAUAAUUUAUAUAUAUUCUAAAAUGUUAAAAUUAGUUAAAAUAUUGUUCUCUAUAGGGGACCUCAGAGUUUGCACAUACUGUUGCAAAGUUGUAUUAUCAUAUCUACAGUCUGCUGCAAAAGAUAUAGUAUUAUCUCCUGAUUUAAUAAAUCUCAGAAAUGAGUUACAAGUAAAAUUGGGCAAUAAUGAAUUAUUAACUAAUUCAAAUUUGAACACAAAAUAUUUGGAAAAUAUAGUUGAAAUGAAAAAUGCUCCUAGUAGAAAGAUUUCUGUUGGUUAUCAAGAAGAAAACUUUGCAUUAUCUAGGUAAAUUUAAACAAUAUUAAUAAAUUAAUCCAUUCAAAUAAUUAUUUUUAACUGUAUUCUCUAUUUGUAUAUUUUCCAAUAAUAAUAAUUAUUAUUAUUUUAGUUCAAGUACAUUAAGUAAUUUAUCGCCAAUAGAAUCUGCAGACGAUCCAAAUAUAUCUAAUAAUCUGAAUUACUUGUUUGAAGAAAUAACUCAAAUUAAUGGCGGGUUAAGUUUAAAAACACACCGGUACCAUUUAAGAAGUUACCAUUCGUGUUUUCUUGGACAUAAUUUAAUUGAUUGGCUUAUUAACCAAGGAAAAGUAACUAGCAGGUAAAAUUCAUUAAUAACUAUCAAAACAAUUAUAAAAAGUAGAUAUUAACAAAGAUACUAUUUUGUUUAAUAUAAUAUUAUUAAUGAAAACAGAAAAUCAAUAUUACCUUUUUUAAAUUUGGAGCAUAGUAAUUUAUUGGUUUUACAAUGCUGUUUAUAUUUUUUGUAUCUGGUAUCUACUUUUUUUAAAUAAAUACUGCAACAAUAGAAAAACGUCAAGAGAACUUUUUUGUUUUAUUUUGGAUCUAGAUGCUCGGUAAUAAAAUAGUUUUUUCUAUUUCCAAGUAAUUUUCAAAAUAAUUGGAAAAACUGGACAAAUAAUGAAGACUAAUAAAUUAAAGACCUUACAAUUUUAUUAUUUUAAAUUUUCAUCUCUAUGUUUAAUACCAGAAAUAUUGCUGCAAUAGAAAAACAGCAAAAGACCUUUUUUUGUUAAUUUUUAAUUUAAUUGGUGUUUAAGAAAGUCGGUUCUUUCCCUGGAGUUUUUUUAAUAAUUAAACAGAACUUAGAAAUAACAGGAAAAUGUAUAAAAAUAAUGAUUUUAUUUUCAAUUUUGUUUUUUUGAUGUAAAUCAAUUAAAAAUAUUCGCUGAAAUUUCAAAAUGGACAAAGAAAUUUGCAAUUCCUAGAUGUAGUAAAAUUUUCGAAACAUUUAAGCCUUUUUUAAGCUAUUUAUAGGUAUUUUAAUUUUGCAAGUUUUUAUUUAUUUUUAUUUGGUAGGUACUAUAUUCAGAUACAAUUGUUUGACUAAACAAAAAUGUUUUAAAAUUUAACAGGAGGUUCAUUAUUAGUCUUACUUUUUCUUUUUUUUUCUGUGAAAAACAUCUAUCAGAAAUUUUACUCUGAUAUACCAAGUAAUAUCACUUUUUUUGAAAGAAAAUUUUAUCUAGUUUGUUAUUUAGAGAGGUUAUUUUUUUGAUUUUCCAAGUGGUUUUCCAUAUUAUAACGAGGGGAAAAUGUACAUACAUGUAUAAAAGUAACUAUGUUCCGAAUCGUUGGUUAGCAAUGGUUCAUUGUUGUGUACAAAUGUAAACUAAUUUCCCCUAUAUAUCUUCUCAUAUUUUCACCUGCUACAGUUGAUGAAGUUUAAAAUAUGUCUGUUUUUUUUGUCUGUAAAACUUAUAAAUAUAAUAUAAUUAUAAAGGUAAAAAUUCAAUAUAUACAUUUGUUUAUCUUUUGUUUUUUUUUCACACAAAUAAAAAUUAUUUAAUUAAUUUUACGUAUAGUAUUUUUAAACUGUAAUUACUAAUUAUAUACUUAUAAUAAAUAUAAUGUUAAGUAUUGGUUUCUUCUAAAUAAAUAUAAAAACAAACAUAUAUUCCCAAAGACAUAGAAUCAAGAGUUUAUAGUAUAACUCAGGACUUAAAAUACAUCUGAUUUCAAAGAACACAUGGUAUUAUAACGUUGAAAUAUUAUUCUGUAACACACUACUCACAGGAGGGAUCACGUGAACGUAUAGCAUCUACCUCCCCGUGGUAUAUUUGUAUAAUAUUGAUAACGAGAAAGUUGUUAUUAAUUUAUAUUGAGAUAAACAAUAUUUAUUUCUGUUGAAAUUCCAAAAUGUUUAUUAUUCCUACAAUUAAAACUAAAAACACGUUAUAAAAUUUGGGACACACAUUUGUAAUUCAGGGAACACAGUAUUUUAGGUCCUGGUAUAACUGAUGUUUAGACCUUAAACUAAUUUUCAAUAUACAUUUGUAUUUAGAAUGCAUGGCACAGCAAUAGGGCAAGUACUUUUAGAUGCUGGAUACAUAGAAGAUGUUAUGGAUAACCAAGGAGACUUUGUGGAUGGAAAUUAUUUAUAUAGAUUUUGUUCAGUACUUCCAAAUCAGUCUUACAAAACUGUGAAUGAUAAUCCUACAAAAUUUAGAAUCUAUGGUAGAUAAUUAUAAUUAAUAUAUUUAGCUUAAUGUGCCUGCACUCUUUUUUCGUGUUUUGUGUCGCAUUCUUAUGUAGACAUUUUGAUUCACCGAACUAUACUUUUUGAUACCAUAUGGUAGCAUUGCACAAUUCAUACCUUACCAAACAAAACAAUGAAUUUGAAAUAUUUCAAGUUUUCGCAAAGUAGCAACUAAAUAUUUGUUAUAAUAUAUACCAUGAAAAAAUAUUAUGGAAGUAUAAAUAAAUGAUGAUAAAAACACAUAAUGACACAAAGGAAGUAUGCAGGUGCCUUAAAUGGUGUUUUAUUGUGCUUCUAAAUAUAUUUUAUCAUAGAGAAGCAAAGUUCAAAUGUGUCUAAUGGGAGUUAUAAAUUAGACUUGGAUAUUCAUAAUAACACAGUUCUAAUUUCAAAACCUAGUGUACAAAAAAAACAAAGUUCAGGUAAAACUAAACAUUUUUCCCUAGCUAUAAUUUUAUUUCAAAAAAAAAAAAAUAUAAUUUUAGUUGUUGAACCACGACCUAUAGACAUAUUAAUAAAACAAAUGCUGGUUAUCAUUGCAAAUACUUAUCAACGCAAUAAUUUUGGUACUAUGAAAAAUUGGAGUUCUCCCAAAAAACUGACAGAAGAUAAUAACGAAGCAAAUAUUUUCAGUUAUUUAGCGUAAGUAUCAUUUAUUUAGAUUCUGAGUGUAGUGGGGAAACUUUUUUCAAUUGGUAAAAAUGCUCCUAAAUAUUCAUAUUAUAUCUUAAAAGAUAAAUGUAUAAAAACUGGCAACCAAUGACUAUACAUUGGUUUUAUUUUUGUUGAUUUCCGGGUUACCUUAGAAUCGAAAAAACACAACUAAUACUGCUUCUCCCGAUAUCAUUGUUUGAUUGAAAAAUGUAUUGUAGCUUUCAAUAUAUGAAUAAAAGAACUUUAUAUCCUAUACCUUUCAAACCUCUUACCUAUUACCAUCUGCAUUUGUAUUAUUAAUACCUAAAAAAAAUAAGGAUAUAUUAAUUAUUAUUUGUUUAUUGAUAUAAAACAUACAUUUUUAUCUAUUCUAGGAGUAUAUUUGAGGACCAUAAAUUAAACUUCGUAAGACAAAUAUUAGAAAAGAAUGGUCUCUCCAAUAAUUGGGUUGAUACCUUAAUAGCUCUUUCUGAUUUAGUCAUUGAUGAACUCUCACCAGAUUUAUCUACAGAUACAGAAAGUAUGAGUAUAUGCCAGUAUGUAAUCUCUUUUAAUAUAUACUAUUAUUAGAAGCUUUAAAAUUGUAUUGUUGAAAUUAGUUAUUGCAUAAUAUACAACUAGGAUUUUCCUGUAUAUUUUAGCUAUUUACAGAUAAAAAAAUUAGAAGGAGGUGAACGAAGUGAUAGUUGUAUUGUUGGCGGAAUUGUAUGUUCUAAAAAUAUUGCAAACAAAGCUAUGGCAUCAAGAAUAACUGGACCAAAAAUUUUACUACUUCAAUGUUCUAUCAUUUAUCAACGUGUUGAAGGAAAAUUAUUAUCAUUAGAACCUGUUAUAAUGCAAGUAAGCAAAAUAGUAAUUAUUUUAAUUAGUUAUAUUCUACAUAAAACUUAAUGUUUAGGAACAUGAUUACUUCAAAAAUGUUGUAAACCGCAUUGUAUCAAUGAAACCUGAUCUUGUAUUGGUGCAAAAAAGUGUAUCUAGAAUUGCACAAGAACUUUUUAAUAAAAUGGGUGUGACAUUAGUAUUAAAUGUUAAAGUAUCAGUUUUAGAACGUAUUGCUCGGUGUACUGGGGCUGAAAUAUUAACUUCAGUUGAUGCACAUAUGGGAAAACCUGUGUUAGGAACAUGUCAACAAUUUUAUGUAGAAAAUUUUGGAAACAAAGCAUUAAUGUUCUUUGAAGGAUGUCCUGUCCCAGAAAGAGGAUGUUCAGUUUUACUUAGAGGUAGUAAAAUUAAUGAGUUAAAGAUAUUAAAAAGUAUACUUAGACAAUUAGUAUUAAUGAUAUAUAACUGGAAAUUGGAAAAAUCUUAUUUAAUGGAUCAAUUUGCAUCACCAUUGGUGGAGAGUAAGCUAAUUGAUAAGCAAAAUUCCUCGGCUUUAUCAAAUGAAAAUUAUAUUGCUAUUGAAAAUAGCGAGACUAAUCAGUCAAAAUGUUCUAAAGUGAACGAUUCAACUCUUUUAACUGAAACAGAGCAGGUUAAUAAAUUUCAAAACUUGUUGAACUCUACAAUACUCUCAUUAUCACCAGUCAUUUAUGUAAGUAAACUGAACAAUAAGUAUUAUAACUAGUUUAAUUUAAAAUUUGCAUUAUCCAUUUAGUUUUCAGUUCCAUACUUAGAAUCAGAUAUUGGAAAAAAAUGCAAAUUGCGAAAAUAUUUUCCGAAACAUAUUUAUGUAUCACAAAUUCUAAACAAUAUGAAAUCAUCAAUAGACUCUAACCAAGAGAAUGAAAAUUCAGAAUUGGAAAUGAAUGUAAUUAUAUCCAUUUUUUAUUUGACAAUCAUAACAUGUACAAUUUAGAGAUAAACUAAAUAACUAUACAAGUUAAAAUGUAGUUUAAUUAACAUUAAGUAUUUUUUUAACAUAGCUAAAACCAAAGCAUCCAUUUGUAACUUGUAAAUUAACUGAAGACAUAAACAGUGAUGAAAUUCAAACUAUGUUGGCUUUCUUUCGUGCUGAAGGUGGUAGAAUAUUACGUAGUGAAUCAGACAAAUCAUUUAUUAAACCGCAAAAGAAUAAUUAUAUAAAAAAAGAAAAACUCAUUGAUAUAUUUGAUCCUGUCAAUCAUCAAAGAUUGCCUGUGAUGUUCUAUAGUUUUUGUUCAGAAUCAAAUAAUGCACCAUCGUUUUGUGUUGAACCUCGGUUUGUAGUAAUUCUAUUUUCAUAUAGAUAAAAUUUAAUUUAAUUUGAUUUUUUAGGUUGAUGUUUAUGGAAUUUUAUGGAGUUAAUGAUAUAUGCUUGGGUAGAUUUUUAGAAAGAUAUUGUUUUCGUGAAACAUAUGAAUGUCCAUCUGAUACAUGUGACAGCCCAAUGAAUAGGCAUGAACGACGUUUCAUACACGACAAAGGUUGUGUUAGACUUUUGUUGUCUAACAUUAGUGGGCGUUUAAUUGAUCCUCCGUAUAAUGAAAAUUUAAUUUAUACUUGGUCAUAUUGUAAAAAUUGUUCCCUAGUAAGUGUACAUUUUUAUUUAUUUUUAAUAAAAUUAAUAAAUAAGACAUAAUUUUUUUUUUUUAGAUAACACCAGUAGUGCCAGUCUCAGAUGAUACCUGGUCAUUUUCUUUUGCCAAAUACCUAGAAUUAAAAUUUCAUUCUCAAAAAUGUUCAUGUCGUGCAUUACCCAAUUGUAACCAUUGUUUAAAUAAAGAUUGUAUACAAUUUUUUGUGUAUAACAAAACAAUAGCAUCAUUCGAGUAUGUUAUAGAUAUGUAUAUGUAUAUAUUUUUUUUAAUAAUUGAUUGGUUUCAUUUGUCAUUCUUUUAUUGUUGUAGAUACAUAGAAACUAAAAUGUGGGAAAUUAGAUUACCUAGUUUAAAAUUAAAAAUAGUACCUCUAAAAUUAAACCAAUAUUGUCCUGAUAUAUUGGAAGAAGUAAAGCAGUGGGCAUUGAUGGGACAUGAAAUAUUCAAUGCAGUUAUGACAAAAAUUUGUUCUUUAGCGAUGGAAUUAAAUGGUAAAUUAAAUUUUCUUAUUCAAUGAACUUAAUAAAAACAGAUCAUAUUUUCAGCAAAUUUUUUACCAUUAAAACAACAACUACAAAAGGAUCAAGGAUUAUUUAAACAAAGGGUAGAUGAUAUACAACUACGGAUCACUUCCCCAGUAUUAACUGACAAAGAAACAAAUUAUGGUAUUUACUAUUGCUAUUUGUAAUAUAUUAAUUAAUAAUAUUAAUUAAAUAUAUUAAAUAUUUUAAUAGGGAUAGUACUAAAUACAAUUUGGAAGUUGGAUGAUUCAUUGGUUUUACUAAAGAGAGCUGUUUAUGAAUCUACAAUAAAUUGGAAUUCUAGAUUAAUCAAAAUUGAGGCAGCUGUUAAAAAAGAUGACAAAACUCAGAAAAAAAGUGAAUCUAAAUCAAAUACUAUGUCUGAGAUAUUAGAAGAGAUUAUGAAUUGUGAGAACAAUUCAAAUCCAUAUCUUGUGGAAGAAUUUGGAAUUACAAGUCAUCCAAGCCAACAUUCAUUAGCAUCUGAAUCGGAAAUAGCUGUUGAACAUGAUUUUGAAAAUCUUAAUGAUUCUGAGAUAUUUCUCAGUAGAAAAUGUUAUUUAUCCGUUCCACAUACACAAAACGAAAUAACAACAGACAGUGAUAGUGAUGCAUUAGAUGAUUGUCAGUACAAUAUUACUAAUAAAAUACUGUUUGCUAACAAAAUAUGUUUUAAUUGUUGUUGUUUUUUCCUAGGUGAUAAUAAUGUUCCAAACGAACCCAGGUCUCAGUCAUCUGCAUCACAAACCGAUAAGAAAAGUGUCAAAACAAUUUUAUCACAAUUUUUACCAUCAUCCACACCGCCUACAAUUAUUCCUGUAUGCAUUUUAUAAAUAUAUAGUAAAAACUAAAAAUUCAGUACAGAUUUUACAUAGUUGUUUUAAUUUAUAGAAUCCAAUUGAAAGUACAGAACAUCAUAUACUAAACAUACACAGUCGUACACCUAUAUCAAUUUAUGAAAAAGAACCAAGUUCUAUUAUUGCAUUCACAUUAAGUACAUCUCUUUACCAAAAUACUAUAUCAAACACAGAAUUGAUGUAAAUCAAAAUAAUUUAAUUUUAGUACAAAACAUACAAUUUAAAUGCAUAAUAAUUUAUAUUUAAUUGUUCAAAUUUGAAUAGAUCAAAUGUUGAGCAUGUUGAACAAGAAAAUGAUCCAAAAGAAACAAAUGAAAAAUCUACACAGCAUAUUGAGGUAAACAUAUUUUGUUAAAUUAAUAAUAUUACAUGCAAAACUAAUAACUCUUUUUGCAGAUUACAUUCUCAGAUUCCACUACUAAUUUUUAUGUUAAAGUUUAUUUUGCAACACAGUUUACAAAAUUAAGAGAAACUUUCUUUACAUCCGGAGAAGAAAUGUAUAUACGAUCUUUGGCAAGAUGUGUUUCAUGGUCAGCUAGAGGGGGGAAAUCGGGUUUAAAUUUUUGUAAAACAAAAGGUAAUUUCAUUUCAGUAAUUUUUUUUUUCUAAUUAACAUUCAUAUUAUAUAAUAUUAUAUUAUUUUCUGUUAUUAGAUGACAGGUUUGUAUUGAAGGAAAUGUCUCGUCUAGAGAUAUUGCCUUUUUUGGAAUUUGCACCUCAGUAUUUUGCAUACAUACAUUCUCGUCAGAUAAAUAGACGACCUACUUUAUUGUGUAAAAUUGUUGGAGUUUAUAAAGUAAGGUAUCGAAACACUGUCAAGGGGUCAUCUUUUAAUUCAAACAUAUUAGUUAUGGAGAAUCUAUUCUAUAAUAAAAAUAUUUCUCAUAUAUUUGAUCUAAAAGGAUCAGUUAGAAAUAGAUUAGUUGAUCCAAAUUCACAAGAUGGAGAAAUUGUGUUAUUGGACGAGAAUCUUAUUAAAAGUAAAUUUCUUGUUAUAAUGUUUUACAAUUAGUUUAUAUAUAUAUUUGUAUUAAUAAUCACAUUUUUAUUUUAGCCUCAUGUGAAUCCCCACUAUAUGUUCAUCCUCAUUCAAAAAUAAUUUUAAACCAAGCCAUUAAUGAUGAUGCAGAAUUUCUCACCUCACAACUUGUUAUGGAUUAUUCUUUAUUAGUUGGUUUAGACGAAGAUUCCAAUGAAUUAGUUUUAGGCAUCAUUGGUAAGUUAAAAUUAAAUUAAUUUCUAUUGUAGUCCCAAUCAUCCAAGAUGUCUUAAUAAAUUGCUUGCAACAAGUUAUAAUUUGAAUUUGAAAUAUUUUACAGAUUAUAUUCGUACUUUUACAUGGGAUAAAAGAAUAGAAACAAUUGUUAAAAAAUCAGGACUUCUUGGCGGUCAAGGUAAAUUACCUACAAUUAUUUCCCCUGACGAGUACAAGAAUCGAUUUGUUGCUGCGAUGAAUUUAUACUUUUUGUCAGUUCCUAAUAAAUGGACAGGCAUGGCUAAAGGCUUUGAAAAUAGUUUUUAAUUAGAUACACUAUUUUACUAUAUUUUACAUACUGUGAUAUUAUUGAAAUCUUUAAACACAUUUUACCAUUUUUGUUUUACAUUACCAUUGUCCAUUAAGUUUUUUUAUAAUAAACACAAUAAGAAUGAACUAUUAACAUUAGAUAUGAUAAACAGUUAACUACAGUGUACCACAAAAUAUUUAAUGAAUUGAUCAUAGUUUGGUGGAUUUUCUUAUUUUUUUCUAUGUAGUUUUGUUUUAUGGUUCUAUUAAUUAUAUUAUAUUAAAAUGUAUACCUAAAUAAUUAGUUAAUCUAAAAAUAAUAUAAUAUUUUAAUUGUUCAUUUGAUGUUUUAAAAAAUAAAUAAAAACUAUUAUGAGUAGAUUAACAUUUUAAAUUCUGAGCAAAGCAAAAAAAUGUAUUGAUUUUACUAUAAUGUAUGCUCUUUUUUUUUUCUGUUUGUUAACUAAUUUUCUACCAAAUAUCUUGUUCCAAUUAUCAACUUGAGAGGUCCUUAACAG